AUGGAGCUUUUAGCCCGAGAUACAAACACCAGCUCUAAUCGACUCGGUUCUCACCGAGUUUUCCUCCUGGCUGCUCCGUUCCACUUUCUGCAACAACUGGCGGUCCAACCGGAGGAGCGGUACACGCACUCAAUUGACACCGCACACCAGAGCGGUCAAAGGGGAGCACCCGGCGGAUUGGUGGAGGGGGUGGUGGAGCGGGAGGGGAGUAAACUCGGGCGGUUCCUCGGGGUAUCUCUCUGUCUCUCUGAGUGCGAUCUACGGACUGUGCUCGACUCACGUUGGGAUUCUCUGUUAGUUGAUUGUGAAAUUUCAUCUGGAACAGAUCGCGUUCAGUGGCUAAUCAGUAGCAAAACAGGAGUCUUUCCCACAAUGUUCACCAAGUACUUGGCUUCCUUGGCGAUCUUCGGCCUCUUUUGGGGCCUGAUUGCAGGAACUGCAGUCGAGCAGUACGGGGUAUAUGGAGGAUCGUCGAUUUCCUCAACGGAACGCAUCAACACGGAAUUGAGGUGCAUGAACAUCAAUCCGCAGCAAUCGGUGAAUUUGGAGCAGAUAAUGGGUCUCUGGUACGGCAGCGAGAUUAUCGUGCAUACCCAAGACUUUCCCGGAACCUACGAGUACGACUCAUGUGUGAUUAUCCAUCUGGCCGAUGUCACCGAUCAGAUUCGUUUCGGCCAGGCAAACCGCGGCUAUGGAGCUCAGGAUUACAACCGGAAUCAGAACAACUAUGGGCGCACCACCACAACCACGCAAUCCUCAUAUCAGGACACCGACGAGUACCACAGGCGAUCCUUCCAGCAGAGUCAGCAGAGGUAUCUGCGUUUGGUGUGGAGCGAGCGGGAUAACAACCUGGAGUACACCUUCAACUAUACCAUCGCUGAACCUGGUCGGUGGUCCAACAUCGGCGAUCAGCGGGGAUCCCUGGUUGCCCUGAACACCUACACCCAGUUCACUGGCACCGUCCAGGUGGUGAAAGCGGUCAACGAUCACCUGGUUCUGACCUUCUGCGGCAACGAUCUGAAGAGCUCUAUAUACACCGUGGUGCUCUCUCGCAACCGCAUGGGCCUCGGUUCAGAUGAGCUGCGCAGCAUCCGGAAUCUGCUUUCCCGCCGCGGACUCUACACGGAGACUAUUCGCAAGGUCUGCAACGGAUGUGGGCGGCUGAGCGGCAGCCUCUUCGCUCUUUUCGCCCUUCUGCUGGUCGUCCGCUUGGCGUGGGGGCGUGGCCAGUGAGCUGGAGGGUUCGCCAGAUCGCCGAUCAUUAGCCGGCGUAUUUAAUGAGUCCAGCCAUAUUACGUUAAAUUAUGUAUAAAUUACUUAAGCAAUACAGAUGCGAGAUCGCCGAGUGCACUCCCCGAAAACUAA